AUGGCUAGACCAGUUGUUAUUUCCGGGCCUUCGGGCACUGGUAAGUCCACUCUUUUGAAAAAGCUCUUUGCUGAGUUCCCCGACAAGUUUGGCUUUUCUGUUUCCAACACCACCAGAACCCCUAGAGCCGGCGAAGUUGAUGGUGUGGACUACCACUUCACCAAGGUGGAGGAUUUCAAGAAGAUGAUUGACGAGAAGAAGUUCAUCGAGUGGGCCCAGUUCUCGGGAAACUACUACGGCACGUCCAUCAAGGCCGUUGAAGACGUGGUCAAGUCCAACAAAAUCUGUCUCUUGGACAUUGAUAUGCAAGGUGUCAAGUCGGUCAAGGCUUCGACCAUUGACGCCAGAUACUUGUUUGUGGCGCCUCCUUCGAUCGAGACUUUGAAGGAGAGAUUGACUGGAAGAGGCACCGAGACUGAGGAUUCCAUUGCCAAGAGAAUCGCCGCUGCCACUGGAGAGAUGGAGUACGCUGCUACUGGCGCCCACGAUUUGGUCAUUGUCAACGACGACUUGGACAAGGCCUACGAGCAAUUCAAGAACUUUAUUUUGGCCGAGUAG